UCCUGCGCUACAACCCCGCCGGCCGGCCCGGCGCCGGAAGUGAGCUGUAGGAGCCGCCGCCGGGAGCUGCCACGUCCGAGGCUGGGAGCCACCGCCGCUGCAGCCAUGGUGUCAGUAAUUAACACUGUGGACACCUCCCAUGAGGACAUGAUUCAUGAUGCCCAGAUGGACUACUAUGGCACCCGCCUGGCAACUUGCUCAUCAGACAGGUCCGUCAAAAUCUUUGAUGUACGCAACGGAGGGCAGAUCCUCAUCGCAGACCUCAGGGGUCAUGAAGGACCAGUGUGGCAAGUGGCCUGGGCCCACCCCAUGUAUGGCAAUAUCCUGGCAUCCUGCUCCUAUGACCGGAAAGUCAUUAUCUGGAAAGAGGAAAACGGCACCUGGGAGAAGACGCACGAGCACACAGGACACGACUCCUCAGUAAAUUCUGUGUGCUGGGCCCCCCAUGACUACGGCCUAAUCCUGGCCUGUGGGAGCUCAGAUGGGGCCAUCUCCCUGCUGACCUACACCGGGGAGGGCCAGUGGGACGUGAAGAAGAUCAACAAUGCUCACACUAUUGGCUGCAAUGCCGUCAGCUGGGCCCCUGCUGUUGUACCUGGAAGCCUCAUAGACCAGCCAUCAGGACAGAAGCCCAACUACACCAAGAAAUUUGCCUCAGGCGGCUGUGACAACCUCAUCAAGCUGUGGAAGGAGGAAGAGGACGGCCAGUGGAAGGAGGAACAGAAGCUGGAAGCACACAGUGACUGGGUUCGAGACGUGGCCUGGGCCCCUUCCAUUGGUCUACCCACCAGCACCAUCGCCAGCUGUUCCCAGGAUGGUCGUGUAUUCAUCUGGACCUGUGACGAUGCCUCAAGCAAUACGUGGUCUCCCAAACUACUGCACAAAUUCAAUGAUGUUGUGUGGCACGUGAGCUGGUCCAUCACAGCCAACAUCCUGGCCGUCUCGGGUGGAGAUAAUAAGGUAACCCUGUGGAAGGAGUCAGUCGACGGGCAGUGGGUGUGCAUCAGUGAUGUCAACAAGGGCCAGGGUUCCGUGUCUGCUUCAGUCACAGAGGGCCAGCAGAAUGAGCAGUGACAAGACCGACGGGGCCCAGCUCCCCACCUGCCAAUUCCUGGACCAACAUACCCAGCGGCGGAAAGGAAGCGCUCCAAGAUUAUUUUCCCAGGAAUAGUUAAAACUGCAACGAGAUUGAUCAUCUGCCUUAACAUGUUUGAUAUGGUUUGUAAUUUACAAAGCACUCAUGAGGGGAAAACUACAAAUGAUCUAUUAUUUAAAAAUAUUUUUUUGGCCAUUUUUAUGUACCUUUUGGGUUCAGGCAUUAUUUGGGAGUUUUUGUUUCCAAAGUAAUUAAACAUGUUUAUAAUUCUCCCUA